AUGCACGUAGCAGAACUGGGGCGAGGCCCGGUAGUCCUCUUCCUCCACUGCUUUCCUGAACUCUGGUACACAUGGCGCCACCAAAUGGUCAACAUGGCGACGCAAGGCUUCCAAGAGGUGGCUCCGGACCUCCGCGGUAACAGCGACACCACAAGUGAACCCACCAACGACGCCACCAAGUUCUCCACACUUCACGUGGUGGCUGACAUCGUUGCGCUCAUCGACGCUGCAGCCCAGGACCAGGACAUGGUGUUCGUGGUGGCUCAUGACUGGGGUGCACUCAUAGCUUGGGCACUGGUUCUGUACAGACCUCACAAAGUCAAAGGUUUGGUGAACAUGAGCUUUGUGUUCACUCCCAGAAGUCCCCAGAGAAAACCCAUUGAAACACUGCGUGCUGUCUAUGGCGAUGACUACUAUAUUUCCAGAUUCCAGUGUGUUGAGAAUAUUAUGCCAAAGAAACACCAACAUGCCUAA